AAGCACAAAAGGAAAAUGAAAAAGCUACAGACUGAUUUGGCAACAGCUAAGCAGGAGGCUGCCAUCACAGUGCUGGAACUCAAUGAAAAGAUAAAGACUCUUUAUGAAGGAAAGCCAACCCCUAGAGAAGAAAACUCUCUGGAAGAGUCUUACGGAGGUCUUCCACCUGUGGAAGAAGGAGAUAGAAGAAUUAGUCUGAUUAUGGAGUUGUCCACACAAGUUUCACUACAGACAGAAAAGAUCAAUCAGCUAGAAGAAGUUUUGGAGGAGAAAGAAAAGAAGAUACAGCAGCUGGAAGCAGAACGAGAGACUCCAGUGUUCCAAACUGAGAGCCCUCCGGAAUGUUUACCAGAAGCACCAAGUGCUUGUAAUGAUAGAACCUCUGCUGUGGACAUUGAUUGA